AUGCCCGCGCGCCCAGGACGCCUCCUCCCGCCUCCGGCCCCCGCCGCAGCGCUCCUGCUGCCGCUGCUGCUGCUGGGCCAUGGCGGCGGCGCGCACUGGGGCGCCCGGGCCCAGGAGCCGGCGGCCGACGCCGGGCCCCGGCAGGACCCGCACUCCAAGCACCUGUACACGGCGGACAUGUUCACGCACGGGAUCCAGAGCGCCGCGCACUUCGUCAUGUUCUUCGCGCCCUGGUGUGGGCACUGCCAGCGGCUGCAGCCGACUUGGAAUGACCUGGGAGACAAGUACAACAGCAUGGAAGACGCCAAGGUGUACGUGGCCAAAGUGGACUGCACGGCCAGCUCAGAUGUGUGCUCCGCCCAGGGGGUGCGAGGAUACCCCACCCUGAAGUUCUUCAAGCCUGGCCAAGAAGCUGUGAAGUACCAAGGUCCUCGCGACUUCCAGAGCCUGGAGAACUGGAUGCUACAGACGCUGAAGGACGAGCCCGCGGCGAGUGUGACCCCAGCGCCGCAGGUAGAGCCUCCCAAAGCCCCCGAGCUCAAGCAGGGGCUGUACGAGCUGGCGGCGAACAACUUCGAGCAGCACAUCACACAAGGCGACCACUUCAUCAAGUUCUUCGCCCCGUGGUGUGGCCACUGCAAGGCGCUGGCCCCGACCUGGGAGCAGCUGGCCCUGGGCCUUGAACACUCUGAAACUGUCAAGAUUGGCAAGGUGGACUGCACACAGCACUACAAACUCUGCUCAGGAAACCAGGUCCGCGGCUACCCCACUCUGCUCUGGUUCCGGGACGGGAAAAAGGUCGAUCAGUACAAGGGAAAGCGGGAUCUGGAGUCCCUGAGGGACUACGUGGCAUCACAGCUGCAGAGACCAGAGACGGGCACCCCCGAGGCCAGCAAGCCCACCGAGGCCCCCUUGCUGGCCGACGAGCCUGUGGCCGACAAGGACACGGUGCUGGCACUCACCGAGAAGAACUUCGACGACACCGUCGCGCAGGGAAUAACCUUCGUCAAGUUCUACGCUCCGUGGUGCGGCCACUGCAAGAACCUGGCUCCCACCUGGGAGCAGCUCUCUAAGAAGGAAUUCCCUGGUUUGGCGGAGGUCAAGAUCGCCAAGGUGGACUGCACCGCUGAGCGGGAGAUCUGCAGCAGGCACGCGGUACGAGGCUAUCCCACGUUGCUGCUUUUCCGGGGAGGAAAAAAAGUGAGCGAGCACAGCGGCGGCCGGGACCUGGACUCUCUGCACGGCUUUGUCCUGCGCCAGGCGAAAGACGAGCUCUAGGAGCCCAUCGGGAAGGCGCCGGCUUCCGGGAGGCACAGCCUCGUGGCGCCUCGUGUACUCACACGGACCAUGUGGCACCUUCUCCGUGUAACCCGUGGUCACUGUGCACACUCGCUGUUGUCAGUGGCGACACGCCCCCUUCUAACCUUCUCUUGAUGAAAUUAAACGGGAUCCUUUGAGGCUAAAAUGAA